AUGUCCCUCGAGGUCAUAUAUGUCACCCGCCACGGGUUCCGAUCAGGCUGGAGCGUCGACCCUCUGACUGGCGUUUAUUCCGCCUUCAUACGGUCUCCCACAGGCAUUCCCGCAGACCCUCCCUUGACGUCGCAUGGAGUAUCGCAGGCCAAGGAGAUGGGCCAGCAUCUGAUGACACUUGAUCCUCCCAUCGACGUCGUGUACUCUAGCCCAUACUACAGGUGCUUGCAGACAAUCACACCCUUUGUAGAGCUCAAGAGACAACAAUCCGAAGGCAAACUCGACACUGCGGCCACCAAAAUCCGCCCAGAGUAUGGACUAUGUGAGUUCUUUGGAGCAGCGCCCUUUGACCACCCAGUGCCAGCGCCUGCCGAGCGACUCAAGGCGCUGUUUCCAGCUUACGACCAAGACUACGUGUCCGCCUUGACCCCGUCGAGAAGAGGUGAAACGAUCCAGGACCUGUACGGGCGAGUUGCAGCAGCCGUGCAAGCCAUCAUCGACCAAUGUGAUCGGGAGGGAAAGCGCGCCGCCUUAAUAUGCACACAUGCAGCCGUAAUCAUCGCUCUGGGCCGCGUUCUGUCGGGUAACAUCCCCGACACUGUCGAGACGGAGGAUUUCCAAGCCUUCACCUGCGGGCUGAGCGUCUACCGCAGGCGAAGCAUGCAGACGAGCACGGCCGGUUCUGGCGAACCUGGGUCACCAAUAAGCGAGGCCCAGCCCGUGGGAGCAUGGCAGUGCGAGCUGGACAGCGACUGCAGCUUCCUGAGCUCUGGAGAGGAGCGAGGAUGGAGGUUCUCGGGCGACGAAUCGUUUCCAGGAACUGGGUCGCUGUCCCAGGCCGAAGCAGGUUCUAAACUCUAG